AGUGAAUAGCGUUGCCUAACCUGAACCGUGGCGCCAAGUCCCUGCUAGUAGUGUACGAACGAGCUGUUUUUCACUUUAACGCUGCUAUCUCGGCUCGUUCUCUCUUCUUCCAUCCCUCCCCUCCCCAGUCUUUCAUACACUUUCCAUCACGUAGUCCGUCUCUAUCGAUAAUACAUUAAUUCAAACAUCUCUGUUGGCCUUCUCUACUACGUCCGACAGCGCUAGCAGGAUAACCCGGCUCAAAUCGGAACUCGGCGCCAAUCUCACCCCUUGCGCUUCGCAUCUCCGCCACUCCCAACAACUCUUCAACUCCAUCUCACUCGCUCGAACCCAUCCACACCACUGUCGAAAAUGUCCUACAACAAACCUGACGGCCCACCUCCUUCCUACCCAGCUCCGGUCCACGACCCCUACGCCCACCCGACUCCUCCACCGGGCGCUGGACAAGACUACUACGGUGCUUCUCCCCCUCCGCAACAAUAUGGCCAAGGCCAACCACCAUACGGGUACCCGACGCCUCCGCCGCAGGGAUAUCCGCCGCAGCAACAGCCGAUGUACUAUCCGCCGAAUGGCGGAUACCCACCGCAGCAAGGUUAUUAUGCGGAGGAGCAGCGCGGGGGCGGUGGCGGGAGUGGGAUAUGUGCCGGGUUACUGGCGGGUUUGGCGUGCUGUUGCUGCUUGGAUAUCCUUUUCUAAACCGCGGAUGAUGGUGUGCAAUGGCGGGGGCCGAACUCGGUGCGAUACUACCUCCUGAUGGUGCGACCUUCGCUCGACUGGGCCUGCCGCGCGAAGUUUUUUUCGUUCGCCCGCUUGGGUUCUUUGUAUUCAUCUCUUUUAUGUUUGGCGCAUGGCUGGGAUUGAUUCUACUGGGUAUACAUGAUGUUUCGCUGGGUUUCAGUCUGAGAAGUCAGUUUGCGGGUCAGGAGCCA